UUAUCUAACUCAAUUAGAAGUGGAUUAUGAUCCUGGAUGGUUGUGUUUAACAUGUUUCAAAGACUGGCUGAUCGACCAAUUGCGCAAUUAUCAACGCUUAUCAAGCCAAGGCAUAGGUGAUGGAAAUUCAACGAAUAGUGGUUCUCAUCUUAUCGGUAAUCUUUUAUCAAUUGAUAAUCGAUCCUCUGUAAUGAAUCCUGAAUCAUCGAUAUUAUUUGCUGAAGGUAAAUGGGGUUGUUCUCACUAAAAAAACAAAAAAAAAAACAACUUGAUUAUUUUCAUACAUCUCAUCUCAACUAUUUUUGCACAUAUAUGCGCUUUGCUAUUUUGAGCACAUCAUCUACUAUCGUUUAUUACUAGUUACUAAAUACUAUAGGGUCGUUCGAUGUUACUCUAGAGCGUAACCUAUUCAGUUUUAACUGUUCACUUAUCGUUUUUUUUAUUACCGUAUGGAGGAAAUACUAGAUCAUAUUUGAAGCCUGCUCGAUCCGACCGACUUCAGUGGCAUACGUGUUUUUGUCAAGCGUCGAGGUGAAAGACACCCCGUGUAUAUUUUUUUUUCACAUGUGUAUUUUCGGCAAAGUUCGAUUCAAAAACGCACUACCACAACAGACUAUCUGUAAUGUAAACCAGUGAAAGUUCCUUUUAUGAAUUUCAACAAAACAGUAAGAGGACGUAAUUUAUCUGAAAAGUGUAGUGUAUUAUAUGCGUAACACAUUUUCGACAUUCUGGUCACACACACAUUCUUGUCAUACAUAUUCAUAUUGAAGACAACAGAACAUAAAGGCUUACAAUUUUUAUCAAUAUAAGUCAAGAUAUUUACAGAUGAUAGUCACAGAUAAGAGGUAGAAAAAUGGGGUAAAAAGAAAAGCGGAUGGUGGUGGUGGUGAAAAUAUUGAUGAAUCUUGAUUCUAAAAUUGAAUUAUCGAGGCAGUAAUUUUCGCACACAAAAAAUUUAUGACUAAGGCUUCAAUGAAUUUCUUUAUAUGAUCCAAACUCGUUUUACGUAUGGGCUUAAAGACACAAGUGAAAUCAACUUUGUGAC